CACACACACGGUGGACACUGUUGUCUAGGUGAGGCCACGCAGGUUGUAGGGACGCAAACAUCUCACCGCACCGAUCAGGCCAGAGAGAUCGAGCUACGACACAGUGACAGUGACCGUGAUUGUGUUCACACGCAAAUCCAAUUUGACGAACCGAUUCGAAUUAGAAGCGCGAAAAAGUGGCGUCUAGUAGGUAAAAAGUGUGAUCAAGCGAUUUGUAGUAGUGUUGCACGAUCGCCCUUAGUGGAAGGUGUAGUGCGACUCCGUCAUCUUAAUUUGUUGUGAGAACAAAGCGUUCUCCCCCACCGCCAUCAGGACAUUCAACCUUUGAGCGCGUGCCAUCGUGUGUUGCAGUUCGUUUCAGGACAUCCAGCUGGUAAGCCGACUCCACCUUCUACAGGAGCAUCAACAGCAUCAUCAUCAUCAACACUCCAACUACCAUGACGAACGUAACCGUGCUGGACGGUGGCUUCGCGACCCAACUCUCCGUGCACGUCGGCAAAAGCAUCGACGGUGAUCCGCUGUGGAGUGCCCGGUUCAAUGCGACCGAUCCGAAUGCGGUGUUUAGGACGCAUCUGGACUUUCUCGAGGCAGGCGCGGAAGCGAUCAUGACCAACACCUACCAGGCAAGCAUCGAAGGGUACGUGGAGCAUCUGCAUCUGACCGAAGACACCAGCCUGAACCUGAUCAAAUCGACCGUCCGGGUGGCACAGAUGGCACGGAAUCACUUUCUCGCGAAGGGCCUCACCAACGAGCAACGGUCCGUGCCGCUGCUGGUGGCUUCGAUCGGCCCGUACGGGGCGCACCUGCACGAUGGGUCGGAGUAUACGGGCCGGUACGCGGCCGAUGUGUGCGCGGACACGAUCCAGAAGUGGCAUCGUCCCCGCAUUGACGCCUGUCUGGAGGCGGGCGUCGAUGUGCUUGGCAUUGAAACGAUUCCCUGCAAGAUGGAAGCGGAAGCCCUGCUCGACAUGCUGUGCGACGAAUACCCGACGGUCCGGUUCUGGAUCUCCUUCCAGUGCAAGGACAAUCAACACCUUGCCAACGGGGAGCUGUUCGCCGACACGGUCAACUCCCUCUGGGCGAAGGCACGGUCGAGACGGGCCAAGAACCUGCUCGCACUCGGCGUGAACUGUGUGCAUCCGCAAAUCGUAACGCCCCUGUUCCGGAGCGUCAACGAGAAGAAGCUCCCCGCGGUGCGCAUUCCGCUCAUCGUUUACCCGAACUCGGGCGAGGUGUACACCGUGGAGGAUGGCUGGCAGGGAAGGGAGGACUGUGUCCCACUGGAACACUACGUGCCGCAGUGGAUCGACCUCGGGGCACGAUUUAUUGGCGGCUGCUGCCGUACGUACGCACGCGACAUCCAGCGCAUCAAGCAGACUGUGAUCAAUCACGCCUCCAACUCCAAUCAUUGCCAGUAGUACCAUUGCCAAAACCCCGGAGGUUUGUGUGUGUGUGUGUUCAUCGUAUGACCAUGACCAAAUUACAGGGUUUCCAUGGGUUCUCAUAGUUGUGGGACACUUCCUUGACUCUUUCCUAUUGGAAGUGAAUUUCAUAUGUGGAAAUUUGACUCUACGGCACCCUUUUGGGACAGGCGCCUUGGAAAUUCCUAUUGGAUGUGUCCAACAAGGAUGCUAUAGAGUCCAAUUCCCAUUACAUUACUAGUUCAUUUCACGUAAGAAGGAGUCAAUAAAGUGUCCCACAGCUAUGUGAACUCCUGGCAAAACCCCUGUAUUACUUUUAUCGUUUUGUAUGUUUACUGCAUCGGACAGUUUUUACUUUUUUUUUCUAUGUUUUCACAAAUGUGUUUUACAUGCUUUGUGCUAUUGUUUUUCUUUUGAAUUCGUUUUUGCUAUAAGUUUUAAUUUGUAUAACGUGUUUUUUUCUUGUAAUGCGCGUGCGGUGCGUGCAAGUUGAUAAUGAAAUAAAUCUGUAAGACGUGUAUAUGACAGUUUAA